AUGGGGGAAGAAAGAGCCAGUGAACAUUAUUAUCUUGAAGAAUUAUUAGCCCUCUCGGCUGUAAAUAAUCCUGCCUUCACCCAUAAACCAGGGCCUGGCCGGCGGCAGAGCCAGGCCCCGCGGGCGGAGCCGGCCAGGAGCAGGCGCCGCCAGAGGGGGCUGGCUCGGAAGCGCAGGCUGCGGCGCUCCCCCGGUGCCCCGUCCCGCCCCGCCCAGCGCGCACCGAGCCGGCUGCGCCCGCGGGCCCGCGGGGCGAGCGCCGGGACGGCACCCAGCCCGGGGGCCCCGGCGUCUCCCAGCCUCUGUAGCAUGGCCUGCCUUCGUGGCACAUCGGGGAGCAGCACGGCUGCCCUCAACUCCCAGAUGGAGCGCGGGGAGGAGCUGCGGGUUCCGGAUUCCCAGGGCCGUGAGGAAGAGGAGAUGUCACUUGGUAUGAGCCCAGAUGACCAGGUGAGUGAGGAGGGGACUGCCCAGGUGGACGGGGCACCCAAAGGAGCCCAGCUGGACAUUUGCCGGCGCUUGGAGCGGGUCGGGAGCCUGCGCCAGUCGGAAAGGAGAAGUGGUGCUGGGCAGCAGCCAGAGACCCCCGCCAAGCCCAUUCCCCAGCCCCGAGGAGUUCAGCAGCGCUACGUGUGUGCUGAAUGCGGCCGCGGCUUCACCGUGAGUGCCCGCCUGGUGAAGCAUGAGCGGACCCACACUGGUGAGCGCCCCUUUGCCUGCACCGAGUGCGGCAAGCGCUUCACCCAGAACGCCAACCUGGUGCAGCACCGCCGCACCCACACCGGUGAGCGCCCCUUCUGCUGUGGCGACUGUGACCGGCGCUUCGGCACCAAAGCCGACCUGGCUCGGCACCGCCAGUCCCACACUGGGGAGCGCCCCUUCCGCUGUGCCGAGUGUGGCCGGGGCUUCAGCCAGAGCUCCAACCUGCUGCGCCACCAGCGCUCCCACACCGGCGAGCGCCCCUUCGCCUGCCAGGACUGUGGGGCCACCUUUGCCCGCAACGCCCACCUGGCGGCCCACUGCCGCACCCAUACUGGCGAGCGCCCCUUCCGCUGCGGCCAGUGUCGGGAGCGCUUCGCCCAGGCCACCGCACUGAUCCAGCACCGCCGGCUGCACACGGGCGAGCGCCCCUUUGAGUGCUCUGACUGCGGCAAGGGCUUCACUCGGGCCGCCACCCUGCAGCAUCACCAGCGCCUGCACGCCGGCCAGCGCCCCUUCCCCUGCCGGGACUGCGGGGCCACCUUCGCCGCCCACGCCACUCUCCGCCAGCACUGCCGCAGGCACUCCGGGGAGGCUCCCUUCCGCUGUGCUGAGUGCGGGCGCUGCUUUGCCGUGAGCUCCGCGCUGCUCCGGCACCAGCACGUCCACACCGGGGAGCGGCCCUUCACCUGCCACGAGUGUGGUGCUGGCUUCAGCCAGAGCUCGGCGCUCGUCCGCCACCAGAGACUCCAUGACUAGUGCCUGGUGCUCCCGGGCCCAGCAGCAGCAAGCCAGGGCAUGACCCCUAGCAGGACGGGGAGGCUCUGGGCCCUGGUGGGAGAAGGGUGCCACAGGGGGCCCCAUGCGAGUGGGUGAGGGGAAGGUGUUCUGCAGAGCUGGGUUAAUUCAGCUGGAAUAAAUGAGCCCACAGGGUCUGCGGUGUCGCUGCCCAGCGCUAAACAAUUCCACUCGGUUCGGGGUUCCUGUCCAGAGACCCUCGCUUGCUGAGCCCAUGGCUGAUGUCCCAGAAAACAUCUCCUUAGCCUUCGAUUAAAGCUACCAAAGAGUGCU